AAAAUUGAUCUGUUAUGAACUUUCUGAAUUUAUUUCUUGAACAAAAUUUUGUUCAUGUCCAACCACAAAAGUGAGUGGACUUCUGUGAUCCUGCAUGAACCUCCAAUUGCUAGUUUGACAAAACAGGCUGAGGCACGUAUGAAGAAUUUGAGAACUUUUACAGAGACCACUUGUUCAACUAAAGGCAAAGUUUCGGCCCCAGCAUUAAAUUUUCUCUGCAGAAUUCCUGCUACGACAAGGCGUAGCUUUCAGUCUUUUAGCAGGAACCAGAUCGUGAUCAGUACACACGCGAGGUCGAUUCUAGCAGGCAGCCAAAAAUCAAGAGAAACGAGUGGCCAUCGGCACCUUUCCUUGAUCACCAUCAUUUGUUCCUCAGUCCCCAUAUAAAGAGGCAUUCGGCUAGCAAACAAAGAGCAGAAAGAAAUCCAGAUUCAGAGAAGAUGGUGAGAGGCAACAGUGGCUCCGCUCCCCACGUCUUCCUCCUCGCCUACCCUGCCCAUGGCCACAUCAACCCCAUGCUCCAGCUCGCCUGCCGCCUCUCCUGCUCUUCAUCUCUCUCAGUGAUGUUCAUCUCCGCUGAAGAUGCCAUAACUUCGAUACUCGAAUCAGGGGAGGCCCCAAAACUCCCCAACCUCCAUUUUGAGUCCUUCCCUUCCUGCACACUCACCAAAGGUUCAUCGAUCGACGACCAUCUUGCCGGCGUCCGCAGAGAAUCAUCUAGCUGCCUCUGCAGCCUCAUGAAGAAGCACAUCCCAACUUGCAUCAUCUAUGAUUUCAGCAUGCCUUGGGUGCUAGAAAUCACAAGACCGCUAGGGAUAUUCUCUGCGUCAUUCUUCACCCAAUCUUCCACUGUUUACGCCCUGUAUUAUCUUCACUACCACGGUCAGGUCUCGGACAAGGCCCUGCUCGAGUUGGGGAGCUUGGACUUCCAUGAUUUCCCUUCUCCCCUGCAACCUACCAACAAGCACCCUGCUCUCACGCCUUUGCUCCUUGAUCGGUUCACCAAUUGCAGCGAGCCCACUUGGGUGUUGGUCAAUUCCUUUGACGAGCUCGAAUCCGAGGCGGUAAAGUUCAUGUUCCCCAGGAGGGCGCUCAUGACUCUCGGGCCCCUUCUCCAUCCGGCUUACUUCCACAGACAUGGCGACCAAACAAGCAUCUGCAAUGGCGGGAGGGUGAAAGAAUGCAUUGAAUGGCUGGACGGGAAGGAAAGGGGCUCUGUGGUGUAUGUUUCAUUUGGGAGCAUAUUGGGGCUGAGUGAUGAGCAAAUGGAGGAGUUGGCAUGGGGGCUGAAAGACAGCAAGAGGCCCUUCUUAUGGGUAGCGAAGACCCCAAAAGAUAAGAUAGAAGGGCAUGGGGGAAACAGGGUGCCUGAUGGGUUCAGAGAAGAAGCAGGCGAGCAGGGCCUGGUGGUGCCAUGGUGCCCUCAACUGGAAGUGCUGAACCACCCUGCAAUUGGGUGCUUUGUGAGCCAUUGUGGGUGGAACUCUACCCUGGAGAGCCUCUGCAUGGGGGUGCCAAUGGUGGCCAUUCCACAGUGGCUGGAUCAGCCCACCAAUGCGAAGCUUGUAGACGAUGUUUGGAGGGUUGGGGUGAGGCCGAUGGCGGACCAGAGAGGGCUGGUGAGCAGGGAGGAGUUGCAGAGGUGCCUGAGCGCAGUGAUGCACGGUGAGGGCAAGGAAGGCAGGUCGGAGGCCAGGGCUAGUGCAUCUCAGUGGAGAGAAAGGGCCAGGGCAGCGAUCGGUGAGAGUGGGUCUUCGUCGAGAAACUUUGAGGAGCUUGUGAGCAAGAUUCAUGGACGUCGAUCUGUGGUUCAAGCAGAGGCACUGUUUGGAUGACGAUGGCGACUGUAUGAAUGGAUAAACUUUACUGCAACGACAGCAAUGGGAGAUGGGAAAUAAUUGAAAUUUUCUUUUCGGUUUGCUACACGACAAGCUAACCGAAGAAUUUCACCCUUUUUUCUACUCCAAAAGUCAGAUGAGCAAUGAAUUCUGCAAAAGCUUUCUUUAACAUAACAUUUCCUUAGAAGACAACUUCAACUUCUCCCCUGUAUGGAUUGAGAAUCUCAGCCUAUGUUGUCCUAUUUCAAUGUUUUGAAGAUCAAUAAUUAGAGGCAAAUUUUAUAUAA